AUGUUGAUACGCUUUAAUGUUGGAUUAAUUUGUGUAUUUGUGUUUUUGGGGAUUAUUGGCGUUGGCGGGGAGAAGAAUGAGCAGGUUACAAUUGAUAUAAACAAGGACGCUACAAAUCCUAGGGAAAGACACUAUAUAGUUAACAAGGACAUCGUCUCCAUUGCUCCUGAAGGCUACACUGAGCAUAUUUACGAGCAGUCUAGCCUUUUCGACAUUACCAACAUCUACUUUGGCCGAAAGAAGCUGGAGGCUGGAACCAAGGAGCUGUGCGCUAAGUCAGUGGAAAAAAUCGGCGUUUUCUGGAAAUUUGAGACUCCCGUCCUUUUAUACUUCAAACAGGCCAGGACCGUCAACAAUAAAAUAUUCAUCUACUACAAGCUCACGAGCAAGAAAGUCUGGGCCAAAGUCGACCUGACUGAGGAACAAUCCAAGCAUUUACCGCUCUCCGGAGCUGAGCUUAAAAAUGUGUUAACUGACAUUGUAAACGAGUUGGGUGAGAUUCCCGAAGAUCGACCAAUCACAGGCAUAGGGUCGUUCCACAUAAACUCAAUUCUCUCCUCUCUCCUCCUUCCCGUUCUCUUUGUCAUUUUAACCCAGUGAUUCCUCAUCAACAUUUUAUCACAAAUGCAUUAAAGUGUAGAAAAUCAAUGAAUUCAUUGAAACCAGGGCUCAAUAGAGUUUAAUUCAGUUGUAUUAUAAAAUUCCUCCAGUGGAUGGAAUUAUUUGGAAUAUUUCCAAUCGAGCUUAAAAUUUAAAAUUUUAAAGCGUGUAAGAUAUUUUAUUUAAAGUUUUGCAUUUAAAAUUUAAUAUUUUUUUCUACCUAUCCG